GGUUCGCGUGUUACGUGAGGAAAAUUCAAAACAGAGGCAAGUACUCGCCACGUGGGAACCGAAUAAUUGCAUCUGUGCGCGCGUGUCGUCGAAUCUGUCGGCGAUCAAGAUUGAGAUCGCGGAUCAAUUGUCGAUUCGUCUCUUUUUCACGGGCUGCUCUCGCGUGUGCAGCCGCAACCUCCGCGAUAACCGGAUGACGAGGAGCUCGAGAUGAAUUGGAUAAACAAGGCGCGAAUAUAAGUAAUAGGACAAGAAUGGACAACCCGGCCAUGGGUCCACUAGUGGCUGACAGCACCGAAGACGAGUCCGACGAGUUGUUUUCAGAUGACGAACAAAAGAACGAGAUUAGGCAUAAAUUCAACGUCUCCGAGGAUGCCUCGAUUUUAAGGCCCGAGACACCCUUAUCAUCGCUUGGUAGUUCCAAUACGAUAAUGCCAACCGAUGCCGUAAUUCCAUCUACACCAUUGAGUCUGUUGCCCUUUUUAAAUAAAAUUAACGAACAGUGGAGUAGCGACUUAGAGACACCGCAGGCACAGGCUUGCACGAAACCAAUGACUAGCUCAACUGCAAGAACAGAAGAAAUGCCUAAGCUCGAACAGCAUACACCUGAUCUUUCAGCUGUUAAAAGCACAGAGAAAAUUAUUUCUGAGUCCCCUGUUAUUGCCUCUAGAGCGACGAGGAGACGCUCCAAGCGUUGUAUAUUUAGAUCUCCUAUAUCUACAGACCCACUGGCUGUGACUAACAAUGAAAAUAUUCCUGUAAACGUAGAAACACCUGUUAUUUCUGAUUCUAAUUCCGUAGCUACAAAUGCCUCAAUAUCUAAUUCAUCUCUUGAGUGUACUCUUAAAGAUCACGAGCCAAAAAUUCCUAAUAGAAGUCUGGACACAUGUAAUAAUGAAGAAUUAGAAAAUGUUACGAACGCAGUACCUGAUAGUUUAAACACAUCUACGCAAGAGUUCUUUUGCAAUGCCUCGUUCAGUAAGAUAGAUGAAUUAUGCUCUGACACUUUUGAUAAUGAAAAAACAAUGGAGACUACUGCCAUGCAAUAUAACGAUGAGCAGAAUAUCGAGGACAUCGACAAAGGAAGGAACGUUGAGGAGAAUAAAAAUAUAGGUUUCUUUACUGCGCGUGGUACUUCAAUUAAUGUCUCAAAGCAAGCGUUAUUUAAAGCGAAGAGACUAUUCGCAGAUGCCUUCGAUACGGAUGAAGCGCAGAAUUAUGAAUCAUUCGCUAAAAGAAAUUCUAAUGAAGAGAAAAACAGGCACUUACCAUCCUCUUCGUUUGCUAAUAACGUUUCCGUCAACAUUGCGAAAGAAGUAUUAUCCAAACCAAAACCCCUUACAGAACAAUUUAAAAAUUAUGACAAAAUACACUCUACAGAUUGCAAAAAACCACUUGUAAAUAAAAGUCCUAACGAAGAAGUCAGUAAUGUCCCUAUUUUAAUUUCAACUGCUAGCGGCAAUCCUAUUAAUAUCUCAAAAGAAGCGCUGUUAAAAGCGAAAACGUUAUUAGCGGAUGAAUCAGAUAAUGCCGAUGAUAAUGUAUUAAUAAAAUAUGACAGAUCGCCUACAGAUAAAAAUCCUAUGACAGUAAAUAAAAGUCCCAGUGAAGAAGUCAGUAAUGUCCCUAUCUUAUUUUCAACUGCUAGUGGCAAUCCCAUUAAUAUCUCAAAAGAAGCACUAUUAAAAGCGAAUAUGUUAUUAGGGGAUGAAUCAGAGAAUGCCGAUGACAAUGCAUUAAUAAAAUAUUCUGAGAGAUCACCUGCAGAUAAAAAUUCUAUGACAGUAAAUAAAAGUCCUAGUGAAGAAGUCAGUAACGUUCCUAUUUUAUUUUCAACUGCUGGCGGCAAUCCCAUUAAUAUCUCAAAAGAAGCAUUGUUAAAAGCGAAAAUGUUAUUAGAUGAGUCAGAGAAUGCCGGUGACAAUGUAUUAAUAAAAUAUUCUGAGAGAUCGUCUGCAUUUAAAAAUAUGACAGUAAAAAAUAUGAUUCGACCGUCUUUCGUAAUUAAUAAACCUAUUAAUAUCUCAAAAAAAUCACUACCUACAGUAAGAACAUUGUUCGCGGAACAAUCGAAUAGUACCGAAUUCACUUCCAAAAAUAAAAUUGAUAUCUCUGAUAACGAGCAACGUGAUAUAAAUACUUCGAAUAUUGGAUUCAGCACUACUCGCGACACACCCGUUAAUUCCAAGCAAGCUAAUUUCAAAGCAAGAACAUUAUUUGCAGAACUAUUGGAUGAUUCAUUAGAAGACAUUCAUAACAAUGAUAAUGAGAUAAAAAGACAGGAAACAAAAGUUUCAAAAGUUGGUUUCCAAACUGCUGGUGGUAAAGCCAUCAAUAUCUCAGAACAGGCUUUAUCCAGAGCAAAUGCAUUGUUUGCAGAACAUUUGGACGAUACGUUAAAAGCAACCGUUACAGAGGAAACUAAUGUUCAUGACAAUAAAGUGAAAGGAUUAGAAGUAAAAAUAGCAAAUAUUAGAUUUCAAUCGACUGGGAGUAUCGGUGAUAUUUCUGAAGAGAGACCGAAAGCAAAAAUAUCGUUCGAACACGUGGAUGAUCAACCAGAACCAGUCCGUGCAAAGGCUACUAAAAUCGACGAUAAGAUAGAAAACAGACAAGAAGUAAAAAUUCCAAGCAUUGGGUUUCAAACCGCUUGCGGAACAUCUAUCAAUAUUUCAGAACACGCGUUAUCUAGAGCAAAAGCAUUAUUUGCAGAUCAAUUAGAUUGUCUUAUAGAAAUGGACAUUCCUGAGAACACCCGCGAUGACGGCCGAAAGAUAAAAAAACGCGACUUAACAAUACCGCACGGUGGACUGCAAACAGCAAGCGGUCAACAGGUACCGGUUUUGAACAACGAUGCAUUAUUAGCACGAGAAUUAUUCUCCAAUGACUGCCUGGAUGAAAGUAAUUCUGACUUGGGGCGCGCAUCGUUGCAAAAGCGCAAACUAAGCGAGACUAAUGCAGACGAGAGCACACCCCAGGGCAGGACGCGCGCGUUCGAAACGAAAAAGGCUCGUCUCAGCAGCGAAUUUCAAGCUAGAAAAUUGUUUUCCGAUACGCCGAGCGUUGACACGGAUAACAACGAGAACCGAGAUCCGGACGUGAAAAAUCAAGCGCCUUCCGUCGCAAAUUCCGCCCUGGGAUCACCUAAAAGGGACGCGAUAGAAUCAAUCGAAGCGGAUGCAGCGGGCAGUCCUGUUCUAGGAAGGCAGCCUAUCUCGAGGAAGCGAAAGAGCUUAGGAUAUCAAAGGGACGAGCAUAGUGCGUUACGAACAGACAGAAAGAUACUAAGUAACGAGAAUACAGCGUUGCAAGAGAACAUUGUGCAAGGAGGUGCAGCAUGCGGAAAGAUUGAGGACGAUAAAUUAAAUACGCAAAAACCGACGCAAGUCACGAAGGAAAGAGCAAAAGGCGGUAGCACGGAAUUGAACAACUACGGCGAUACUCAGGUGAUGAUGGAUAUUAUCGACGAGUCGACAAAGAUCCUGCAGGAUCGCUUGGCGGCCGCGUUGGAGCAGGAAGCGAUAAUCACCGCGAAACGGAGACAUGGGUCGAAGCAAUCGGUGGGUCAUCUAUAUCGUUACAAGCAAACCAAUUCUAACGCUCGUUUGUCGUUGAGGGAAAUCGGCGGUGGUACGCCGCCCGUGCCGCGUUCCUAUCAGGAGCUCAUCGAUCGACAGAUACCACCGAGUAUCCUGGAGAUCGCCGCCGCGACCGCCGCGACGUACAAAUUCCGUUGCUCUGACUUUUACGGGGCCGACGUGGCGUGCAAUAACGUGCGCGGGAUAGAGAUGGAGGACGGCGCGUGUCUGAUCCUGGACGAGAACGGAUACGCGGGAGUCUGGGAGUUCCUCCGCGCGUUUCUCGCCGGUCCAGGCGUAGAUCCGAAUCUCGUUCCCGCGCGCUGGGUCGAGAAUCAUUACCGAUGGAUCGUGUGGAAAUUGGCGUCGAUGGACCGAAUGAAGUUUGGCUCGGCUGAGUUACCCAGAGUAUUAACACCUUCGCACAUAAUGGCACAAUUAAAGUAUCGGUAUGAUCGAGAAAUCGAUCGGUCUCAGCGACCAGCAUUAAGACGCAUUUUGGAAAAGGACGACGUUGCGUCUAAGAGAAUGAUUCUAUGCGUGUCAUCUAUAGUAGAAAAUAAUAACGUAAGUAUGGAGAUAGGGAAGAGUCCGCAUAUAGGAGUGCCAAAAUGGAAAAUAGAAUUAACCGAUGGCUGGUACAAUGUAAAUGCCUGUAUCGAUGUAGGUAUGGUGAGGAAUAUAUCGAUUGGUAAAAUAAGAGAGGGCACGAAAUUAGUGAUAUCCGGCGCGGAAUUACUGAACUGUGAUCAAGGUUUCUAUCCACUCGAGGUACCGGCUGACGUGUGCUUAAAAUUACACACGAAUUCAACCAGGCGCGCACGAUGGGACACGAAAUUAGGAUACGCGCCGCGUUCGGGGCCGAUACCCAUCAAGUUACGUAAUGUGUGUCCGAGCGGCGGUUUAAUCGGCGAAAUGACGAUCGUCGUCGCUAGAGUGUAUCCGAUGUUAUAUCACGAGAAAACCGCAUCCGGAGAUUCGAUUGUCAGAAACACUAAAAGCGAGGAGAAAGCGCAAAGCAAAUACGAGCAGCAAUGUUGGUCCAAGAUAGAGGCGUUCUACGCUAAAGCGGAGGACUUUCAAGGAAAAGGACUUUCUUGCGAAACUGACGAUAUGACGAUCGAGCGAAUUCAAUUGAACAAAGAUUAUGAAAAUUUAUCUACAGAGGAAUCCGUCUCUAAAAAACGACACGAUGAAUUGCUGCAAGAGUUACGUCAAAAGGAGGAACGGUUCAAGCAGAGGAUGCAGUCGAAAUUGCGCGAAAGCUUGCCGGGACCGCGACAGGUUUCUCAGCUGCUCAAAGUUCGCGUGUGUGACGAAAAUGCGAACGCUAUUCUUUCAAUUUGGUCGCCCAGCGAGGAGGUUGUCGACGCUCUCAAAGAAGGCGCCUGUGUUUCGCUCUGCAACAUCGUGGCUUCCGGAAAGAGGGGUACCGAAUUACAACUCACCGCACGUCGGUCUGCAAUUUUUAAACCGGGAAAGAUGCGCGACACGUCUUAUCCCGCUAGAGUGUGCAUGCCGCUAUGCGAAAUAGCAAAUUCCGAAUUUGCCCCACCUUACGGAGAGUUUGAUACUGUCGGUCUUGUCUGUUCAGUCGGUCCUGCCCCUUAUGGUAUGAAAGAUUUCGAGGCUGUACAUUUGGCAUAUUGCAAAGCGGAUUUAAGCGAUUCUUCAUACCUUUCGAUAUUGUUUUGGCAAGGAAUAGCCAGUUACGGCUACGGAGAGAUUCUUACUGUCGGAUCUAUCGUAGCCUGCUGCAAUUUAGAAUGGAGAAGGGUAACUUCGUGGAACGUCCCAGCGGCGUAUUGCACGGAAAGAAGUACUUUUACGUGCAAUCCUCGCCGAAAUCAUUUACACGAAUCGUUCGAAAAUCUACGAAAUAUAAUUAUGGAUCCAAUUAAGUACGUUGAAAGAUGCACUUUUGAGCUUAACGUGGAAUUGCAAAAGAAGUCGACGCCUACGCGCUACACACCGGGUAAAAAUACUCCGAUCAACAAAAUGUACAGUUCAACGUUAAGCGCCGACAAAAAAUUAGUCGACUGUACGUCGCCGCUGGCGACGCCGAAAUUGAAAACGGGCGAUAGCUCGAAUUUUAUCGCAUCUAAUCCCUCGAUUCAAAAACGACUCGAGAAACUUCAACAUUAUGGCGAAGCGCCCGAACUAUCUCCUAUUAUAUUAAAAAGAUCCAAGAGGGUUUCUUUGGAUUUCCGAUCGCCCAUUUCCAUUCCAAAUGUAAACUCGACGAAGGAAACGUCGAAGGCUAAUCAACCCGAGGAUUUAAGUUUAUCCAGUACAACGGAAAAGCAUUGAUAAUUAUGUUACGUUAUUUUAUUUUACGUUUUCAUUCUAAUUACAAGUGUCUUAAAACAGUGUAUAUUUGUUAAUAA